AUGGCCGGAGUUGAUAGAGCCAACAGCGCCGACAAGCUGGGACAUUACGACACGAUCAUUCUUGGCGCAGGAAUCGCGGGGCUUGCAUGUGCAUCCCGACUACUUGAAGCACAACUGCAGCAGCCAAAUACUAGACUACAGGUACUAGAAGCCCGAGACCGUAUCGGUGGCCGGAUCGCGUCUGUCCAUGUUGACGGCUGCCGCUUGGACACGGGCGCGAAUUGGAUUCAUGGCGUUGGCAGUGCACAGAGACCGAAUCCGCUCAUGGAUAUUCUUCCGCAUAAGCGACUCAGAGCACUGAAGGGGUCUGUCUUGUUCCGGGCACCAUCACCGAGUGAUGGAGAGGAGGUCGAUUCUACUGCGAGGAAUACGAAGAGUAAUAGCUGGUCCGCCGCAGAAGGACAUCCUUCGAAAGAGGUCAGUCGCCUAGGCCAAGCAGCAGCGCAUCUUAUAUGUCCAGCAACGUCGGCAACUACGAGUGCAGACUUUUCCGAGAGCAGUGCCCACGGCCUAUCAAUUCCCGCUGAUACGGCUAGAACAAUCGUCUCAUGCGUCCAGAACGCAAUUGGCCAAGUGGCAGACCUCGCCGCAACAGUCCCCGCAGAAACAGCAAAGCAGACUUCCAUCCACCAGGCGCUGGUAAGCACAAAGGCCUUUCGGGAUGCAUUUGAGCUUGUGCCGAGAAGGUACCAUCACUCACUAAGCACGUUGUUCCAAGGCAUAGAAAGCAUGGAGGCUGCUCCACUUCUUGCACAGACUACAGAGCCCGGACGUCCCGAGAGCGAGCAUGGCCUAGGGCUGCUGGAGUACGCAGUAGACGAGUUCGAGGGCGAGCACGUCUUUCUCCAGGACGGGUAUGUCGAGAUCAUCGAUGAGAUCGCUAAGCCGCUGCUCGAGGCUGGCGCUAUUGCGCUGGAAACCGUUGUAACCCGAGUUGACUGGACCGCGAGCCCUAUCGUCAUUGAAACAGAUCGGGGAGUCUUUACGGCGAGGGAAGUCGUGUGCACAUUCCCCCUGGGUGUGCUGAAAGAUACCUGUGGCAAAGAGGACGCAAUGUUCAAGCCAGCCUUACCAGCCGAGAUGCAAGAGGCAAUACAGCAUCUCGGCUUCGGCACGCUUGACAAGGUCUUUGCAAUCUACUCCAGGCCGUGGUGGAACGAUGAACCGUAUCGCUCCGUCAUCAAGAACGGGCUCAUUUCCCAACAAAGAGAACCUCCGGCCGAGAGUGAGGACGAGGUGCCUGAUUCAUUUCUAGGUUUCACCUCCGAACUGAGCGGCAUCUCAGUCGGCAGCGAUGGCUCCGUGUCUCCUGACGCGUACCGACUGCCAGUCAUGAACCUACACAGCUUAACCGGACAACCUGUCCUCUGCGCCUUCGUCUCUUGCAAGACUGCCACAACAGUCGAAGGAAUGACGGACGAAGCCAUCGGCGGGCUGUUCCAUCGAACCCUAACCCAGUGGUUCGGCAUCGAGCCGCCAACUCCACCAGAUGCUGUAUAUGUCACUCGGUGGGCGCAAGACGCGUACUCCAGGGGUGCCUACAGCCAUAUGAUCACUGGGCUGUCUGAAGCGCGGCAUAGAGAGGCCCUCCAAGAGCCUGUAAUUAAUGACGCCGGCGAUGUGCUGAGGUUUUCGGGCGAACACUGCUCGCGAGAUCAUUUUGCAAUGGUUCACGGCGCUUUGCUGGACGGCUGGAGGGCGGCUGAUGCAUCGUUGGGAGUGUCAACUUGA